UCUUCUUUUUGAGUCCUUAAUUUCUCUCCGAAUAGGGGUUUUUCUUCUUCAGAGAUGUUUCUGCGACGAUCUGGAAGUUUACUAAGGAGAUUAAGAUACCUCCUCUCUAUUAAUACGAUCACAACAACAACUAAAACUACUACCAGUAGUCUCUCUUCAUAUCCUCUCCCAAGUAAUGCGGGAUUUCUCCACCGCAAUGGGCCUGAGAUCCCAAGAUGGCAGAAGCUUCACUGGGACUCUUCUUUGUGGAUAUUACUUUCUGGACAAGCUGCAAUCAUUCUUGGGGCAAGUGGAAAUCUUGCAUUUGCGGAUGAUGUUUCAGCUGAAGCGAGAACUGGUGAAGGGGAGGAUGGGUCAAGUGAUAUCCAGAGAGUUGAGGAUGGGUCUGUGAUAUCAAAUAUCCACACAUCUAAAUGGCGGGUUUUUACAGAUAAGGCGAGGGACUUUUUUUUGGAAGGAAAAUUAGUGGAAGCUGAAAAACUAUUUUUGUCAGCGGUGGAGGAAGCUAAAGAGGGUUUUGGGAAGAGCGAUCCACAUGUUGCUGCUGCAUUAAACAAUUUGGCUGAGCUCUAUAGAGUGAAGAAGGAUUUCGCUAAAGCUGAGCCACUCUAUUUGGAGGCCGUCCAUAUUUUAGAGGAAUCAUUUGGACUUGACGAUAUACGUGUUGCAGCUUCUCUACACAACCUUGGGCAGUUUUAUAUUGUGCAGAGGAAACUUGAAGAAGCCCAUAAGUGCUACGAGCGUGCGUUAAAGAUAAAGAGGCGUGUUCUUGGACAAAACCACACAGACUAUGCAAAUACAAUGUAUCAUCUGGGAACGGUGAAGUAUCUUCAAGGAAAGGAGAAUGAUUCAGUGGCUCUAAUUCAAGAUUCUAUUAAGAUACUAGAGGAAUCUGGCUUAGGACAAUCAGUUGCUUGCUUGCGGAGGCUGAGGUAUCUUGCUCAGGUAUUUUUGAAGUCCAAUAGACUUUCAGAGGCUGAGAAUGUACAGCGAAAAAUCUUGCACAUCAGGGAGAUGUCAAAGGUUUAACUUAUCUUUUAAUUGCUAUAUUUUAUUCUUCUUUGUGAUACUAAUCAUUUUUAUUUGAACAUUAUUUUCAAUUUUCAUGUAACAUCUGUGGCCCAACUUCAUAUGUUUUAUUCCGACUGUCAGUCGACUUCUGUAGUACUGUUUGCUUCACAAUUUGUGAGCAUGAUAAAAUAGAAUUAUUAUAGAGGAGAAAUAAACAAAGAACUUGAAUAUCUUUCUUUUUAAUAAAAGGAUUCUGAUUGAAUAGCUGAAUUGCACAU